GGAGUUCUAGAUGGGUUAUCUUUUUGAAGAUUUUGCUUUUGAUGCAUGUAAUUUCGUGAAGUUAUUUUAUGUUUAGAUAAAAUAUCUACAUUAAUUUGUUUAUAAAAUUUAUUAUUAUAAAAAUGGAGCCAAAACCUAUUUUUUCUGCUCUUACCGUUUACCGAGAGCGAGGUGCAUUCCUAAGACGUCUCGAGCAAUUUCAAAAAGCAAAAUGUGCUUACGACACAGCGUUCAAAACCAAUCCAGAAAACGUGUUGCUGUUGGUUGGUCGUAGUAAGGUAUGCUCGGACGCCGUCCAGCCGAUCCAGGCAUACGACGACGCCGAGCUGGCGCUCAAACUGGAACCAAACAAUAUGGUCGCCCAACAUAUGCAGGCACUCGCCAUGUUCACAAUUGGUGAUUUCGAACGCUCGCUGGUAAUGAAUUAUCGCGGUGUGCGCCACCGACAGAAGCCGCCGUACUUCCACGAAGGUAUCAACCAGGGAAUCGAAACGCUUCAGGACUGUGUUGGGAAAAAUGCGGGCAAUGUUUUAAUAGACUUCCUGCCACUUAUUAAGGACAAUCAAACUGUAAGUUUUGACAUGUAUGAACCCAUAGUAAUACCCCAUAAAUCCCGCAUUCCUCGACCUGAAGCCAUAAACAAGUUAACGCAACUAGAAAUUAGGAAACAUGAACAAUUAGAAAGAGUUUUGGCUAUGAAAUACCUGGGACAAAUGGCUUAUGAUAAAUUUUAUCUCCAAGCUUUACGUGAUCAUCCCGUAGUGAUGUCAGCUAAUGCGGCAGGCAGUCGAGAUAUAAAAAACAUUAUCAUUGAAACAAUACACACGCUAAGUGAACGGCAAGAAAUGCUAAGGUGCCAACGUCCGUACUACUCAAUAAAAUUAGCUGAAAAGUCAAAAUCUCAACAUCAGGAUAUGUUCCAGAAGAAAUUAUUAGAAAAUGAAAGGAUAACCGGCGCACGUACAGCUGAUUUAUAUUUAAAACAAAUGGACAAUUGUUGGCGAACGAAUAACCUAGCGCUUUUAAUAGCAAAAGCGGAACGUAUGCAGCUAUUUCUUGAUGGCAAAACUCCUCAUACACUGCCAGACAAGGAACUGUACACAGAUCGACUGUACAGAACAAUAGGGGAAGGCUACCUCUUGCAAUACAGACUCUCAUACAAUAUGAGCGAUCGUGGCAAUAAACGUCGCGUUUUCUACCUUAUGGGCCUGCCUGUGAGUCGUCCUUCCUCUUACGAUUCCGUAAUAAUGAAUUACCCGCAUAAAUAUCUGUCUUCGAAAUUAGCUUUAGAGAAGUACAUGAAUACUUUAGAAAAAUGUGAGAAUACCAUGAUGAGAUGUUGGUUAAUGUAUGAGGUAGCACGUCUUCUUGCUAUACAGAAGAACUACGCCCUUUCAAAAUAUUACGCAAAAUUAUGCCAGCGUGAGGCAACAGAGAUAAACAAUGCGACUUGGUGGCUAAACGGGUGCUUUGUGCUUUUAAGCGGGGAUAUGCAACAGGGUAAUGUAAAUGAGGUACGCAACCAAGUAGAAGAAGCUUAUGAGUGGACGAAAUUAUUGCAAUCUGGAGAAAGAAUACAAGCCUUCCUCGGUAAGUGUGCAGCGAUGGCAGAAGAGGCACUCAUUGGCGAUGAGCGCAAGGCAAUAGUGCAACGUGAGAAGGACAUUAUGAGGGUGCUGGAUGCUAAUCUCAAAGUGGAAACCGAGGUGCUUUUCAAACGCUUAGCAACAGUGCCCGUCGGUAGACGAUUUUCUGUCCUGCCGGGCAAAAUUAGGUUUGGCUUUCAUCAAACGGAGAGACGCAAGCGUCGUCAAAAAGGACUCUCGAUCAUUCCGGGUCAGCCACAAACAUUACCAAAGCCUCCAAUUUCUGAUACUCUUGGUCUGCAAAUUUUCGAGUCAUAACAACAUUUUACACCACCAAGAUUCAUGUAUGGUUUAUGUGUAUAUUACAGACGUAGUCUGUUUUGUACCCUUGAAUGUUUGCACGACAUGGAAAAAUGAUUUGUUUAUUCUCUCUUUCUUAGAAAUUAAUUAAUUACGAUUUAGGUAUCUAUGGUAAUAAUCAAUUAGAAUAUUCUCAUAAUAUGCUGUAGCGUUGUGUACAUGUCUUGCUCGAUUAUACUUAACAUUUAAUAAAAUGGAAUAAACC